GAACGAAACAAGAAGCCACCAGCCCGAGGUGCAGCGGCAAUCAAGAGCAGAUCAGCAGAGACGAGCGCACGUGCCAUCAGCAGCAAUGGCCGCCGCCGCAACCACCUCCUCCCACCUGCUCUUGCUCUCCCGCCAGCAGGCGGCCUCCCUCCGAUGCCGCCUCUCCUUGCUCGGCCAACCCAGGAGGCCCGGCAGGGCCGCGGCCGGCCAGGCCCAGGCGCCGGGUGCCGGCGUGCGGUGCAUGGCGGCCGUGGACACGGCGCCCGCAGCCACGGAGACGAGCAGCACGAAGAGCAGCUACGAGCUCGUGACGCUCACGACGUGGCUGCUGAAGCAGGAGCAAGCCGGGGUGAUCGACAACGAGAUGACCAUCGUGCUGGCCAGCAUCUCCACGGCGUGCAAGCAGAUCGCCGCGCUCGUGCUGCGCGCGCCCAUCUCCAACCUCACCGGCGUCCAGGGCGCCGUCAACGUGCAGGGCGAGGACCAGAAGAAGCUCGACGUCAUCUCCAACGAGGUGUUCUCUAACUGCCUCAAGUCGAGCGGGCGCACCGGCGUGAUCGCGUCGGAGGAGGAGGACGUGCCGGUGGCGGUGGAGCAGAGCUACUCGGGCAACUACAUCGUCGUGUUCGACCCCCUCGACGGCUCCUCCAACAUCGACGCCGCCGUCUCCACCGGCUCCAUCUUCGGCAUCUACGCCCCCAACGACGAGUGCCUCGCGGACGUUGAGGACAAUGGGACCCUUGAUUCCGUGGAGCAGAGGUGCGUCGUGAGCGUGUGCCAGCCGGGGAGCAACCUGCUGGCCGCCGGCUACUGCAUGUACUCGAGCUCGGUCAUCUUCGUGCUCACCGUCGGCACGGGGGUGUACGUGUUCACGCUGGACCCCAUGUACGGCGAGUUCGUGCUGACGCAGGAGAAGGUGCAGAUCCCCAAGGCCGGCAAGAUCUACGCCUUUAACGAGGGCAACUACGCGCUCUGGGACGACAAGCUCAAGCAGUACAUGGACAGCCUCAAGGAGCCCGGCGACUCCGGCAAGCCCUACUCGGCGCGGUACAUCGGCAGCCUCGUCGGCGACUUCCACCGCACGCUGCUCUACGGAGGGAUCUACGGGUACCCCAGGGACAAGAAGAGCAAGAACGGCAAGCUGAGGCUGCUCUACGAGUGCGCGCCCAUGAGCUUCAUCGUGGAACAGGCCGGCGGCAAGGGCUCCGACGGCCACCAGAGGAUUCUUGACAUCACGCCGACAGAGAUCCACCAAAGAGUGCCCCUGUACAUUGGGAGCGUGGAGGAAGUGGAGAAGGUGGAGAAAUUCCUGGCAUGAAUGUACCUGCUUAAUGCGAGAGCUCUUUCAUCAGAUGAACUGCUACGACCGACCAUACAGUAUAUAUUGUAGAAUUUUGUUGUGAUGAUGCGGAAGAAAUCCAUUUUGAAGAAUUCCGUUCUCGAGUUGUGAAGUUAGGGAGGGGAUUCAUAUCACGUAUGGUUUCAAUUUUCAUAUGCUACGGAACUUUAAAAGGUUCUGCA